AUGUUAUCAGUCGAGCACUCAAAAUUAGAUAUGACUGACAUGAAGAAAUUUUUUAUAUUAUGUGUCGUCAUUGCAGUAACGAAAAUAGAGUGUGCAAGGAUAUUAGCAUAUUUUCCUACACCUUCAAUAAGCCAUCAGAUAGUUUUCCGACCAAUAACUCACGCUUUGGCCAAACGUGGACAUGAAGUUAUUGUAGUCACUGCUGAUCCGGUCUUUACGGAAGGAAAUGCGCCUGCAAAUCUCACAGAAAUUGAUGUUCAUGACGUGUCAUAUAAAAUGUGGGAACAAUUGUUACAAAAUCAUAAUGGUAAAAAGCAAGAUAUCAUGCUUCAAAUACUAUCACUUUUCGAAAGAUUUGCAACUAUAUUCGAUACACAAAUGGAGACAACCGUAGUGAAAAACAUGUUAAAAAAUAAAGACAAAAAUUAUUUCGAUAUACUGUUAUUAGAAGCCUGUAAUCGACCACUCCUGGGUAUGGCACAUAAAUUUGACGCGCCAGUUAUCUUAAUCAGCUCAUUUGGCUUAGUGCCUUACCAGUAUGGUUUGAUGGGAGCACCUAUACAUCCUUUACUGUACCCUACACCUGGAAGACAAAGAUUAUAUGAUUUAACUCUUAUAGAAAAAGGUUUGGAACUUUUAAAGCAUGUAGGAUUAGAUUAUUUAAUUUCAUUUACUGAUGAAUAUGACUACAGUAUAAUGAAAAAAAACUUUGGUGAUAAUGUGCCAAUAUAUGAAGAACUUAUAAAUAAAGUUCAGAUGAUCUAUGUUAAUGAGCAUCCCAUUUGGGCUGACAAUCAUCCUGUUCCUCCUAGCAUUAUUUACAUCGGUGGUAUACAUCAUGCAGAGGAUAAAGAACUACCUAAGGAUCUUAAAGAUUUUUUAGAUUCUUCAAAGCAUGGUGUUAUAUAUGUAAGCUUUGGCACAAACGUUUUGCCAUCACUUCUUCCACCUGAAAAAAUACAAGUUAUGACAAGGGUGUUUUCACGAUUGCCUUAUGAUAUAUUAUGGAAAUGGGAUACAAACGAGUUGCCUGGUCGAUCAAAAAACAUUAAAAUCUCGAAAUGGUUCCCACAACCGGAUCUCUUGAAGCAUCCAAAGGUCAAAUUAUUCAUUACGCAAGGUGGUCUUCAAUCAACAGAUGAAACUAUAGAUGCUGCAGUGCCUGUUAUAGGUAUACCAAUGUUGGGUGAUCAAUGGUACAAUGUAGAAAAAUAUGUUUAUCAUAAAAUUGGAUUGCAACUAGAUAUAACAACAUUAGCAGAAACAGAAUUUAGGGAGGCAAUCACGACUGUAAUAAAAGAUAAAAGCUACAAGGAAAAUAUUAUGAAACUUCGGACGUUAAUGAGAGAGUAUCCAAUAAAGCCGGUAGAUAACGCUGUAUGGUGGACAGAGCACGUGAUAAAGUACGGGGGAAGUCAUCUUCAAUCACCAGCAGCUAACAUGAACUGGAUGGAUUAUUACGAAUUGAAACUUAUACUUAUCACUUUAAGCAUUUUAAUAGUGACUAGAAUAGAAUGUGCAAGAAUAUUAGCAUAUUUCCCCACACCGUCUAUAAGUCAUCAAGUAGUUUUUCGUCCUUUAACACAAGCCUUGGCUAAACGUGGACAUGAAGUUAUUGUUGUUACAACGGACCCAGCCUUUCCAAAAGGAAACGGGCCUUCAAACCUGACUGAAAUUGAUGUUCAUGAUAUAUCAUAUGGAAUGUGGAAUGAAUUAUUGCAAUAUCACAAUGGAAAGAAGCAAGAUCUUGUACUUCAAAUAAAAAUAAUUUUUGAAAGAAUCACAACUAUUCUUGACAAGCAAUUGGAAUCGCAUGAAGUAAAAAAUAUAUUAGCUAAUAAAGACAAAAAAUAUUUUGACCUACUGCUGCUCGAAGCUUGUAAUCGCCCACUUAUAGGAAUGGCUCAUAAAUUUGAUGCACCUGUUAUACUGAUCAGUUCUUUUGGAGCAGUUCCUCUUCAUUACUAUUUAUUUGGAGCUCCCAUACACCCGUUUCUAUACCCUACAGCUGGAAAUCAAAGACUGUAUAAUUUAACCCUUUUUGAAAAAUAUGUUGAAUUACUUAGACAAAUGGCAGUGGGUUAUUUCAUUACAAUGACAGAAGAUUUUGAUUAUAAAAUCAUGAAAAAACAUUUUGGUGAUGAUAUCCCAGCUUUAAAGAAUUUUCGGAAUGUAAUUAAGAUGAUGUUCUUAAACGAGCAUCCUUUAUGGGCUGACAAUCAUCCAGUUCCACCAAGUAUUGUUUACAUAGGCGGUAUUCAUCAAUCAAAGGACAGAGAGCUACCACAGGAUCUUAAGGAUUUCUUAGAUUCUUCAAAGCAUGGUGUUAUAUAUGUAAGCUUUGGUACAAAUGUUUUGCCAUCACUUCUUCCACCUGAAAAAAUACAAGUUAUGACAAAAGUUUUUUCAAAUUUGCCUUAUGAUAUUUUAUGGAAAUGGGAUAAAGAUGUUCUUCCUGGACAACCAAAAAAUAUUAAAAUAUCGAAGUGGUUUCCACAACCAGAUAUUUUAAAACAUCCCAAUGUUAAGUUAUUCAUAACUCAAGGCGGUCUACAAUCUACAGAUGAGACUAUAGAUGCUGCUGUACCUGUUAUAGGUAUCCCUAUGUUAGUCGAUCAGUGGUACAAUGUUGAAAAAUAUGUGCGUCAUAAAAUUGGAGUACAACUCGACAUAACUACAUUGACAGAGGAAGAAUUCAAUAAAUCCAUUACAACGGUUAUUGAAAAUAAAAGG